AAGAAGUAGUAGUAGUAGAAGAAGAAGAAGAAAACAAUGGUAAUCAACUCCUCAGCAGCAGGGAUUCGAUCUUUCCACAUUUUAUCAUUUUUAAGCAGCUUCGAGCGGCUGAGCUGCAGACUGAAGUUAAAUUAUAAUCUCUCUGCUGUCGGACAGAAGACCACAAGACGAGAGCUGAAUAGCUCAGCUAAAACCCUCCAAUAUGAUCAGAAACCAGAUGUGCCGAAGACUGGAGGCCGAAAGCUGUUUUUUGAUACACAUGCAGUCGUGCGGCUCUUUGAAGAAAACGGUUUCACUCCUCAACAAGCUGAAGUUGUUGUUAGYUUGCUGCUGAACACAAGUAACUCCAGUAUGGGUGUCAUUUAUAGUGACAUGGUGACAAAAGUCCAACAGGAAGUGGCGCUGCAGCAGGUGAUGUCUAAAAURCAAGCAGUAAAGAAAGACAUGAUCAUCCUGGAGAAGAGCGAGUUCUCCGCUCUUCUGACAGAYAAUGAGAAACUAAAGAUCCACCUGCUGCAGCUGAAGGUUCAACUGACUGACGUGAUGAAUAAAGUUCGCUCAGAUAACGCUCUGGAUAUGAAUUUGGAGAAAAGCAGAGUGAAAAUACUGAAAGCAGAGCACGGGAAGAAGCUUCUGGAAACCCGAAGAGAGAUCAUGGAAAUGGCGGCGGAGCAGGACGGUCGUCUGACUCAGACUAAUAUGAAUAUUGACACUGAAGUUGCCGGUUUGAAAACCAUGUUGGAAUCUCAUAAACUGGACACCAUAAAGUACCUGGCAGGUUCAGUCUUCACCUGCCUCACCAUCGUCCUGGGAUUCUAUCGCCUCUGGAUGUGAACUGGGACCCUGACGUGGUUCGAAGMCCGGCCCCCUGCGACCUUCGACCUCACUCUUCCUCAGGUUUUAUUAAGUCGAGCUGAAAUGAAGACGUCUACGUUUGAUUUGAUGAGUCGUGGACGGAAGAAGCUUUGAGUCGUUCAGUGAUUGUUGUUCAGAUUCUGAUUAAAAACUUUGGUGCCUUUUUUACCUGCUGUGUUUUAAAGUCACCAAAGAGGAGCUGAACUUCAUCUGGGUCAGAACCAGAACCAGAACCAGGUUUAAACCCAUGAAGAGCUCAAAUUAUCAUUAUAUUCCAUCGCUGCUGAAUGUAACACAGGCAUGUUAUUAAAGCUGCUUAUUUAUCAGCUUUAAAUACAAUAUUUUAAUCAUUUUGUUAUGUUACUUAGUUUUAUAGUCAAAUAUUUUUUAAUCAAUUUAAUGCUUUUAUUUGAGGAUAAAAAUGCAAGCUGUUCAUUAGUUCARUUUAAAUUAAAGCUAAUGGGUUUGAAUUUGUGGUAAAUGUUUUUGUAUAAAGUUUUGAUUUAAUUUUUUUUGCCUGAUUUGUGCACUGAAUGUUCAUUUGUGGACAUGUUUUUAUUUUUUUAAAUAAAAACUCAUACUGGUGCUGCUC